AUGAUUAUAGAAGCACCGGAGGCGCUGCGUACGUGGCUUACCAGAGAAAUGGCACCAAUAUGUGAUGCUGAACCAGCAGCUCUUGCUAAGUAUGUACUGGCCCUAUUACGUAAGGACAAACCAGAAUCAGAGUUGAUGGAAUUCUGUAUUGAACAACUUGACGUUUUCUUGCAAACAAAAGCAAGAUCUUUUGUGGAGAAAUUGUUUCGUAUCAUCAGGGAACGUAAUUACAUAACAGCUGCCACAGCAACGCUAGUUACCGCUCCUACGCUACAGUCAAAGAAUUCUUUUCCAAUAUGUGAAAAAAAGAAGGAUAGUGAUGAACGGAAAGAAGUGAAGGAGAAAAGAGAAAGUGUCAAGAGAAAGACUAUCACUCAAGGUGACAAAGAAAGGGAGCAACAAAAGACUCGAGAUGAGAAGGAAAGUGAGAAGAUAUCCCUAUCUGAAAUAGCUCCGGGACCACCUCAAAAAACAGCACGAAGAAGAAUCUCUCCUCCAAUAGAUGUUCCUCAACGUGAAGAAUCCCGUCGCGAUCAUUCAGCAAAUCGGUUUGAAAGACGACGUAGCCGGUCACCACGUGAAAGGCGGCUGGAACGUGGAGAUCGAAACUUAGAUCGACGUAUGGCACCUCUGCCUGCACGAAUGCAGCAUUGGCAAUCAGACCGAUACAAAACUGACCGACUAGAACGCAAACGAUCUCGUUCACCGCGUUCUCCUUAUGAAAGGCAAAGACGCGAAAAAAGUGGUGAGCCAGAAAUACGAAAAAAAAAACGUUGUCGUGAUUACGAUGAAAAAGGAUACUGCAUGAAGGGAGACCAAUGCAUUUAUGACCAUGGACCAGAUCCAGUCGUUGUAGAUGAUAUUGCUCUCGAAAAAAUGGUAACUAAUGGAGCAAAACCUGCUGUGACUCAAAUUGCCACCAAUUUCUCGGUACCACCACCUGGUUACACACCGCUGAACCCUCCACCUCCUGGUGUUGACAAUGUAUAUGCUACAAAUUCAGCCACUGUUGUAUCAGCCGCUCUUUCAGAAGGAUAUAAUCCUGAGGCUCCAGCACUGAGCGCUUCUUCGUUACCAAUUGUAGCAGCAGCACAUUCGCUAGAUUUUUCGGUACCACCACCACCGAUUCCUUCAGUAGUAGUAAAUCAGCCUUGGAGACCAACAACUUAUACAGUACCUGCCAUAUCAUCAUCUGUUUUGAUUCAUCCUGCGGCCAAUACCUAUGACCCAACGCAUUCCUCCACUACUGUUCCGCCGCAUAAUAUCACCCAGCUAACAGCUGGUCAAAAACGACGAGGAAGAGGAGGUAGUGCUAAUAACCCAGGACGGUACAGUCAAAUUGUGGGUGCUGUGAACAGGACGCUUCAAGUGCGUAAGAUACCUGCAGAACUGAACAAUAUUGCAAAACUGAAUGAACACUUUGGACAAUUCGGGCAGAUCGUUAAUAUGCAGGUUUGUUUCGAGGGUGAUCCAGAAGCAGCACUUAUUACUUAUGCAAAUCGAUAUGAAGCAGUUGCAGCAUAUAAAAGUACAGUGCCAAUACUCAACAACCGUUUCAUUAAAGUAUUUUGGCACAGUACGAAUGGACAAGCAAAUAAUACUGUAAAUGCAAAUCAGACAGCGCCAACGAACAGUUCAUCGGUAACAUUUAAUGCCAGAGGCUCACUUACAAAGACAGUCCAUGUUGGUUCACGAUUGCUUGGUUCUGCUGUUAAGAAUCCACAAACAAUACAUUCAGCGAAUUCGCAGAGUACUGAAUCUCAGAUUUCCCGUUCUGCAAUAAACCAGUCUCUAAUAGACAGAGACAAAUAUAUCGAAGUAAGACGACGACGAAAGCAAGAAAAAGAAAACAGAAUGAGAUUAAUUGAUCUUCAGCGGAGGAAGUCUGAUCUUAUGUCCAAAGAAAUUGAACAGCAGAAAAUCAUAUUAGAAAAAAUGAAGGCUGAAGAUAUUACUCCUGAAAAGAAAAAGAAGUUAUACAAGAUUUUUAAAAGAUUGGAGUUGUCUGUGGCUAAAACAAAGGGCGAAAUCGCUGAGCUUAAUGAGAUGUUGAUAAAAACGAAAUCUGGUUCUGAAGCAACGAAAGCGACAGAUAAUGCAAACGGUUGCAGUGGUGGUGUAGAGUCGGGUAUUGGCUUGGAUCUUGCUGGCUCCGAUGCAGGUGAAUUAUCAGUCAGCGACAUGGUUACUUCUCCUAAAAAAAUUCGUCUACAAGAUUCUUCGCAGACUCUUGAUAACCGCUCAAAAAUGGUUGUGGUACGUGGUUUUGAAGCUGGAACAGAAAAUGAACUUAUUAUUCAUAUGGAACAUUUUGGAGAAUUGGUUGACAUGGAUUUUGGAGUUCCUGCGCAAGAUAAAUUGCUUACUGCUUAUUUCACCUACAAAAAAAGGCGUGAUGCGGAACAGGCAGUAUCACUAGGAGCAGACUAUCCUGUUGGACACUUAAUAGUUGAUUGGGUCCCAAAGCGUGGAGCUGAGGCGAGCGGUGUUAUCCCUGAUGAGAAACGACAACCGUCUGAGCGUGUAACUCCUGCUGCUUUGUUGGCGAGUUGUCCGCUUGAUGAAUCCGACGAUGACGGCAAUGAAGAUUAA